GCAAACAGCAUCUGGGCCAGACCCUCAAAAACAUGCAAGAGAUGAACCCGCCUGGAAAUCAAUUACCAGUGCCAAGCAUCUUAAUAUCAUCAUAAAUUGUGACCUUUGUGUUUGUGCUGAGCCAGCAGAGGCCUGUGCAUGGGAGCUGGGGUUGUGAUGAUGUGAAACUUAUCAUGCCCAGAUGUACAGAGACAUAAGGAGAUGCCUACCUGAGCCCACAUAGGUAGGCUCACAGCACACUGGGCAUGAGGAGGAAACUAGAGGUAACAUAAUUAUGUCUGCAUGGGCUAAAAAUUUCCUUCUCAUUGUAGCUGCUUCCACUGGCAGGGUGUGUUUUCAGACAUAGGCACACAUAAAUACCUGCACACAAGCAACAGACACAGGCCCACAUGCAGAUACACUAUGUCUAGAAGUAAGAAACUGGGGAAGCCCAGGGGUGCCAUUUUCAUACAGAAGGCAGGGUGAUCAUCCAGAGUGAGCACACACAUGAAUGUGUUUGCUGACAAACUGGAACAGAGGCAAGUGCUUUGUUUUUGGAAAUACAUUUAUAAAUGGAUAAACAGAGACCUCCCCAGGCAUUGCAAUAAAAGAUCAUAUAAUUACCAGUGAAGCCAAAGAUAGCUCAUGGAUGACCACUGGUUUUUAAGAUGAAGCCAUUUAUUUAGAUGUUAUCACACUUCUCUAAGAAAGAAGCUGUAGGCACCAUUUUGAAUUGAAAAAACCCUAGAAAUAAGCAUCUGCCACAUGUUGAAUAUUCCCCAUUAGCAGCAGGUUUAUGCAUGCGUUUUAAAAUGUUUAUUAUGACAAUACUUGUUAUGACUGCCUUAGAUUUACUAAAUACCACAUGAUAAUCAGACACAGUUGUUAGACCUUGAGCAAAAUAUGAUUUAAUUUAUUUUUAACAUACUGAACAAUAGCUAUUUCUUGGUAAUCUAAACUGAACACAGACACUUGAGACUACUUUGUUUCCUUGAAGGGGACAGUGAAAAGGAGGGAAGGGAAAAAAAAUAAACCUGAUCUCUGUGGGAGAGUUUCUCAAGAAGCAAAAAGGCAGGAUUACAUUUACAUAAAUUGUACUUUCCUCCCUACUGAAUGCACAAGCCUUUAUAGACACUUUAGCAAAGUAAAUUCUUCACCUACUGAAGAAGCAGGUAUUGCCUUCAGUGAAGCUUUAGGCACUGUUACAAGCAAUAUGGUGCAGGACCCCAAAUCUGCUGGAGCAUAGAUCAACCAUCUCGUGCCAGUAGCAUGGCUGGGUCCUUGCCCAGGGGCUGUGCUCCCCUGUACUGUCCUCCUGCUCUUCACUGCUGAAAAUAAGAUUAAAUCAGUGCAGUUAGUGCUAAUUUGGGUUACAAAACAGGUUAGCUUUCAGAGGAAAUCCAUCUCAAGGUAUAUUUGGUUCCUUCACUCCCUGCUUUUAUGUGGAAUAUGACUGAAUUUGCAAAAAAAAGAAACCCCCUACACUGGGGUUUAAUUAGUUUGCUGGAAAACAUCUGUCCAAAUGAUGUAAAGACUCAUUUGGCACAGAAAGACAGAAGUGUGGCAAUGUGUGCAUUAAAUGGCACUUGAGCAUGCACAAAAUUAUUUGGCAUGCAAAAGGUUUUGUUUUUUCCUGUACUUGAAAACACAAGUUUCCACUAAAAUUCAGUCUCUGUACAGUACAGGGUACCCUCAGGUCUCUUUAGAAAGUACUCACUGACUGACAGGUUAGUCCUCUUAUGAUCCAGAGAUUAAUUUAAUGAAAUCCAGAGUUAAUGAUCCAGAGAUGAAUUCAAGCUGUGAUGAAUUUUUGAAAUAGUGUCUUUGAAAACUGUGGACAACAAUGUGCUGGGAAAUUCACUGCUCAAGUCGGUUAUGUUUUGCAGCACCAGUGCUGAGAACGACAAUCAACAUUUGCUUGAUUCUCGUGUCUGAAAACACCCCACCCUUGAAGUCACAACAGCUAUUCACUGCAUAGGAAUAGCUUAAUUUGCUACAGGAACUAAAGCCUAGAUAGCUGCUCUUCUAAUUUUGUGAUGAGAAUUCUUCCUAAAAAGGUAGCUAGCAAACAGAAUUGGUUUACAAAUGCCAACACUCCCCUCCCCAGUUUAUAAGCCCAGUGCUUAAUCCAGUGCUUUUCACGUGGUGGAGACCUUAAGAAAGACAUGUAUUUUGGGGGGGGUGCAGAUGUUUGCAAGCACAAAUCAAUCAGUAGUUUAAGGGAUCUGUAUUGUAGAAAGCAGGGACAGGAUAGGUGCUUGUUCCCGAAGUAGCACUAAAAAUGAAAACAGAAAAAAAAAAAAAAAAAGUGCUAUCACUUUGUGAGGACUUCAGUUCUCUCUUAUAAGCCCUUCUGCAACAUUUCUUGAGCUGCCAUGUACCUCUGUGUAUGAACUGGGGCCUGCCAGUGGAAACCCCCCAGAGAACAGCUGUGCACCUCACCUACCACCUCUCUGCAAUGCAGUGGGGCUGCUCCUUAUGCAUCUCAACACUGUUUGCCAUUUCCAUUGCAUUAUACUGCUCUUGCAUGUCUGUAUGACAGACACUUUAGCGAGGUGUGUAAUGCUCCUGUGGGAUUGGAUACACCAUUGUAGAUACUUGGUAACAGGAUCUGUUGUCAAGGUCACCCCAGAAGUCACCCUAGCUACUUUGGAUCUCCAGACAAAACCACGCUGGAUAAUUUAGCUUUUUAUCAUCAAAUCUUUUUAGUAGCACUCUUCUGUGAAUAAAAUCUCCAGAGUCACUAGGAUUUUUAUUUUGCAGCACACAUUUUCCAUGUGGAAACCAGAGCACUAGCAAGGCCAUCCCCCCAGUGCAGUGGGGAACUAGUCCCUGCAGCUUCAGGCAGCCCCUACGGAAGGGACCACAGGGAAAAGAUUUCAGGUCACUCAGAUCUACUCAUGCCUUAUGCCUGUUUGGGAAAUACAGCAAUUCAAAAGCAAGGGCUGGUAAAUAAGGCCCAUGGGAGUAGUCCCUGGGUGGUAAUCUUAGAAGUUCUCAGACAACGCAACAUUGGUUGCAGAGUGAUGACUUUCCUGUAAGAACCAAUAAAUCAAGGUCUAGUUUCCACUCUUUGCAAGACCAGCUAUGAUUUCAAGUCCCAAGUGGAUGGGCAUCACUCUUUCCAUACAUUCUUUACAUAAUUACGCUAAAACAGCCAUUAUUUCUUUACACCAAUUUAAGAAUUAUGACUGCUGGUACAUUUUGUUUUGUCUUCUGUUUCUGCUGACAAACUCAAAUAGCCAGAGGAAGGUCCUUUAUAGUUUUCUCAGGAGAACAGCUCUACCAAAGAGAUUAUUGAGAAAUGUUCUCACUCAAGCUUUGCCUGUAAAAAUGUGUUUUUUCAGGGAUUCUCUCUCACCCACAGAGCCAACCAGAUGCCUUCACACACAAGCAACUGAACACUGUGGUUUAGGAUAAUGUUACUUCACCCUUAAGUGUCUUGUCCCAUCCUAGGUAAACCAAAAUGUUUGUUGUGCCUUAAUCAGAAUGAUUGCUGCAAAAUGACAUGUCACAUUGUGGGAAAGCUCAGUGGCUCCUCUCCUCCAUCUUCCUUCCAACAUCCAUAGUUAUAGUAAAACUUUGCUUUCUCCAAGCCCUUGGCUUCUCUAAAGGUGCACUCAUGCACUUAUUAACCUGCCACAAAUACACAGACACAUUCCUAUUGCUUUCUGACAAAAAUCCUGGAAAAUCCCAAUCCAAAGCCAAAUUAUUGCUCCACCAACAGUCACCAUGGAAAGCAUGUCGGAUCGCAUUACAUGAAUGCAUUUGGAGGUGAUCCCUAAAUUGCUGGGAUUUGGGUGAAGGAGGUGGGAAGUCUUACACUUUGGCUGCAUCUUCAAAACAGGUUUUGCUCCUCCUCACUCUCCUUGAUUUCUGUCACUGCUGGGAAAACAUCUCCUUUUGCUGUUCAGAAGCUCUGGAGGACCUUUCCAACAUUUAGGAUCUUUUAUUUUGAAAACCAAGAGCAGGAUUUUCAGGAGCUUUUAGGCAUUUAAAGAUGCCCACAGUGAAUGGGUUUCACUAGGAAACCCAUUUAAAAGGUUUCCUAGUGAGGUCUUCAAACUAGAGCUGUGCACCCAGGCAUUCAAAAACAAACUGCAAGGCAGAAAAAACACACCUUCAACUUCUCUCAGUGCAUAUAUAACUUUUUAGAGAACCUGAGCAGGAUGAGCAGAAACUCUUAAGGACUAUCCCCAGUAUCUAUCAUGCUUCUAAGCAGGCUUUCCCUGUAGUGAUGGUAUCUGACAGGAAUAAUCCAGUGGCAGUACAUAUGACUCUACCACAUCUCUCAUCAAGACUAAUUCUGUCUGAUCUGUCCUUCCUUUGGGAGCAGGGGGAGACGAGCUGGACAGACAGUACCAAACACAGGCUGUGUCUCCAGUACCUGCGGCAGACCCCAAGCCCCAGACAGCUCACGAGGCCACAGGGGAGGCUCUGACCUCCUCCCACAAAGAUGUCAGCCAAGUCCCAUCUAGCCCAAGGUUGUUCAGUAAAUAAAUUCCCACUUUCCACCUCAGCUAGUCACAGGCACCAGCCCAAGCCAAAAUCAAUAGAUGAGAAGCAAUCUGUCAUUUCCAGGCCACACUGGUUGGGUUAUGGAUGAAUCAAAAGCACUACAGGAAACACAGAUGUAGUGAGAUCACCUCAUUCUUUGGAGCCUUCCUAUCUCUACAAGUCUUGCCUGAUCUCCCUGAAAAUUUCCAUGUGCAUACACAAAACCAUCUCAUGGAGCUUGUGGUCGUGCCUGUUCCAGUGCAGGUGCAUUGUGUGAUGCUUGGCAGGGCCAGGCCAGCCUGGCACAAGCAGCAGGAGGCCGAGUUCACCCUGAGAGGCAAGGCAAGGCUGGUGUCUCCCCACAGGAAAGUUUUUUCAGUUAUUUCAAAUGCCUCCCACUCACACACAAUGUCCAUAUUUUGUAAUAGAAAACAAGGAGAAAAUCUCAUCCAAAGGAAUUUUAGCUAUUUCCCCCUCUACUUAUUCCACUGAAGUUACCUUAUUUAAAAAAACAACCCCCCCAGAACUGGCCACCAGAACAACAAAGUAGCCAAGAUGCUAAAUUAAUAACCUCAUUCUUCAAAAUCCACCUUGCCCUUCAUACUAACAGGUUUCAAAACCAGUCCUAUAUCAUCCAGUAUCUUAUAAUUUUUUAAAGGUUUCACUGAAUUUCUCCCUUCAUACAGAUAUUUUUCCUUUGAGAGAAAGGCAGAGAAUAGUGCAGAUUUUCCAGUAACUGGGAUUUUCCCUGCAAACUUGGGUAGGCAUUACCCUAUUCAGCUAUAGAGAGGCAAAGGUGUUGCAGGUUACUCCUGUACAGAAAGGAACAGGAAGGCCAAGAAAGACAAGGGGGACAUAUUCCUGCCUCCCCCAUUCCCCCCUGCCCCACCCAAAAAAACCCCAAAAGGUUGCUUAGGGUCCAUGUGCCCAGAUGAAGCUGCAGUGGGUUAGUUCAGUCACCCCACCACAGCCAAGCCACAGUAACUGAUCAUGCACAGGCUGUCCUCCCACUCCAAAGCUCACCAUUGAGCUUUAAGCAAAAAUACCACAUCCCAAGGCCCUAAACCUUUAGCUCACAGCAGCACAGCCAGCUGUGGGCUAAAAGCCACAUUAAACUCACUGGAGGAGAAGCAUUUGCUGAAAUGCUUUGCUGAACAAGGAUGAGCAAUUGUGCUUGGACUUUAGCUACACUUACAAACUCCUGUACAUCUUGGCUCUGGUUUUCUUUGCCACAUGGCAGCUGCUUAGUCCAAGAAUUCCUGGGAGGGAAAGUGACUGUAGAAACUCAGCUGUGCAACAUAUGCUCCAUCUAGUGUUUAUUCAUUGUAUUUCAUUUUAUUAAAAUAUUUGGUUUGCUGUUAACACAGAUUUCCAGCUUUCCUAUAGUUGAUAUGUCCCUAUGUGAUCAUUGUGGAAAAUAACCUUCUGCUUAUUUCAACUACACCAUCUUGGUCUAGCCUCCACUUACACCUUCAGUAAUGAUUAUAUACCUAUUUCCAUUUAGAGAUUAAAUCUCACAGAGCAAAAUGAAUGGAGAAUGUUUUAAAAGAGCAGCAAGGUUUUCCCAGGUGCUUUGCUAACACCAAGUGAAUGGAAAACGUCAAGCAGGAGUAAAACAUAAAACCUGGAGGACACGCAGGGGAAAGUGUCUCCCCAUAAAUGAUACUUCCCAGACAUGAGGACACAGUGUUGAGCCCCUUUGCCGUAGACUGAGGUACUUUUUUGUCCUCUAUGUUGAGCCAGGCUCCUGGGGAAGGACAGAAAAAUAAGCAGGUGACACAAAGCCUUUGCUGCCUCUUCAGGCUACCCUCAUCACACCAGAGCACAGCAGCUGCUGGGAGCAAGUCCUGACAAGCAUUUUGGCAAAGCUCUGGAGCACAAAUGACCUGGAAAUGCACCCAGGUUGGGUGCAAGGCAUCUUUGCAUGGUAGAAAAAAGGGACAGUGGCAACAGCCAUCAGGCUUGGCAACUGCCAUGUGUAUUUGGAAUGGACAGGACUUGCAUGCCAGAUUCGGUUGUGGGGAAAAAUACUCCAACACGCAAAGUCUUUUUACCACAUGCUGUCCCCUAAUUUGCAUUACUUGAGGGAGUUUCUGGUUCCUAAUGUGCUGUUCAGCUGAUGGUAAUGCCUUUAACUGCAAAAAGAAAAGCCAACAGCAAGUGGGACAAGAAGUCCCAAGCUAACAUUUUGAUAAAGAAGAGAAAGAAAGCCCAACCCCAUCCUGUUGUGUCAGCAGGACUGGUGAGGUGCUGGGAUGGGCUGCCUUACAAUGGGCCAGGAUCUGCAGUGGGGAAGACCUUCAGGAAAUAAUUGAACAUUCCCAGAGGAAGGCUUGGGUUGGCUGAUCCUACCUGGAGUGGUGGCAGCCUAAGUAGGCCCACUUUUUCUGGGAGGAGCCCAAGAGGAUCCCACCCCACCUAAGAAGAGAGCUGGCAAGAAGCUGUGAUAGAAAGGGACAGCCCUUGGACACUGCAGCCACAGGGUACAAUCCUAGGCACAUAUUUAAGCUCAGAAACAGAGCUUUCGUUGCUGUGGAAAGCAGAAGGGGAACUGACAAUACAGCUUCCUUGGGCAGAACACAUUUAGGAGAUCCCCACAUCCCCUGCCAGCUCUUCCUGUGCGCCAGAACUUGCAGCAGAGCUCCCCAAAGCUCAGGUGAGAAGGCAGCAAACUAAAUACAUAGAAGGGCAUUUGCUGUAAUAGCACUGCUUGAGUAGACCCUCCCAUAAAUCAGAUAUAGGCCUGCUGUAGGAUAUCCUCCAGGGCAGCACACAAACCAGGGCCACUUUGCAGAGAUUUAGGUCCAGUUUGCUGCAGAAAAUGAGAACAGCUUGCCCUAAUGAGGAAUGCACAACAUGAAAAAACAUCUUCCAACUGCGUGUUUUGUGGUGCUUUUCACAGGUGAUGGUCAUGCUGCUCUUCCCCAUGCAGCUGCUGGCAGUGGCUGUCACUGUUUACCUAGAGCUGGUGAGGUCUGCUCAAGGUGGUGCCUACUAUGGGAUCAAGCAGCUGCCACCUCAGGUGCCCCAGUACCAACCCCUCGGACAACAAGUACCUCACAUGCCGCUGGGCAAAGAAGGCAUCCCGAUGCAGCACCUGGGCAAGGAGGUGCCCCGCAUGCCCUACGGGAAGGAGUACCCUCAUCUGCCCCAGUACAGGAAGGAGGUCCCACAGAUGCCCAUGCUCGGCAAGGAUAUGGCUCCCAAGAAAGAGAAAGAAAUUCCCAUGCGCAGUCUGAGGGGUGAGCAAGGUCCCCCGGGUGAGCCUGGACCAAGAGGGCCGCCAGGGCCACCAGGAUUACCAGGUCAUGGUGUACCAGGAGCCAAAGGAAAACCAGGCCCACAAGGAUACCCAGGAAUUGGAAAGCCGGGUUUGCCAGGGAUGCCAGGAAAACCAGGGGUCAUGGGGCCCCCAGGGCCAAGAGGGGAGAUGGGGCCAAAGGGGGAGAUUGGGCCCAUGGGGAUUCCUGGACCGCAAGGACCACCAGGGCCUCAUGGGCUUCCUGGCGUAGGGAAGGCGGGUGCUCCGGGGCUGCAGGGGCAACCAGGGCCAAAGGGUGAGCCUGGGAUGAAGGGGCCACCAGGAAUCCCUGGGAUCCCAGGGCCAAAAGGGGAGAAGGGGGUCGGGAUCCCAGGUUUGCCAGGUCUGAAGGGUCCACCUGGGCUGCCUGGUCCCCCCGGCCCUGUGGGACUGCCAGGGGUUGGCAAACCUGGCAUGGUUGGUUUCCCUGGCCCACAAGGACCCCUGGGCAAACCUGGACCCCCAGGAGAGUUGGGGCUGCAGGGGCCUCCAGGGGCCCCCGGGAUCCAAGGCCCUCCCGGCCCGCCUGGUAUUGGCAAACCAGGCCAGGAUGGCGUGCCCGGCCAGCCCGGCUUCCCGGGCGGCAAAGGGGAGCAGGGAUUGCCAGGCCUGCCGGGGCCCCCUGGCCUCCCUGGGGUUGGGAAGCCGGGCUUCCCCGGGCCCAAAGGGGAGCGAGGUGUGGGUGGUCUGCCUGGGCCCCUAGGGCCAAAGGGGGAGAAGGGGCACGCAGGGCCACCUGGCAUGGGAGGGCCACCAGGGGAGCCCGGCCAGCCAGGACUGCCAGGCAUCAUGGGCCCCCCGGGAGCCGCCGGUUUCCCAGGACCCAAAGGGGAGGGGGGUGCUGUAGGGCCACCAGGACCAGUCGGCCCCAAAGGGGAACCCGGCCUGCAGGGUUUUCCAGGAAAGCCAGGCUUUCCUGGGGAAGUGGGUGGCCCUGGGCUGCGGGGGCUGCCGGGCCCCACAGGACCCAAGGGGGAAGCCGGACACAAAGGCUUGCCGGGGCUGCCGGGUGUUCCGGGGCUUGUGGGGCCAAAGGGUGAGCCCGGGCUCCCCGGUGCCCAGGGACUUCAGGGCCCCUCGGGCAUCCCGGGCAUCGCGGGACCCAGUGGUCCCAUCGGCCCCCCUGGGCUGCCAGGGGCGAAGGGCGAGCCAGGCAUGCCCGGCCCCCCUGGCUUCCCUGGGGUAGGCAAACCUGGUGCUGCGGGGCUGCAGGGACCCCCGGGAAAGCCUGGGGCGCUCGGUCCUCCUGGCCAGCCGGGGCUCCAGGGGCCACCGGGUCCCCCCGGGCCGCCAGGUCCCCCGGUCAUCAUCCCGCCCACUCCACCAGCCGUGGGACAGUACCUGCCUGAGGUGGGACCAGGGAUAGACGGCUUGAAGCCCCCCUACGGCUACAAGGGCAAGAAAGGCAAGGCUGGCAGCAUUGUCUACGAGAUGCCCGCGUUCACGGCAGAGCUCCUCACGCCCUUCCCCCGCGUCGGGGUGCCCGUGAAGUUCGACAAGCUCCUGUACAACGGCCGGCAGAACUACAAUCCCCAGACGGGGAUCUUCACGUGCGAGAUCCCUGGUGUCUACUAUUUCGCCUACCACGUCCACUGUAAAGGCGCCAACGUGUGGGUGGCGCUGUACAAGAACAACGAGCCGCUCAUGUACACCUACGACGAGUACAAGAAGGGCUUCCUGGACCAGGCUUCGGGCAGUGCCGUGGUGCAGCUAAUGCACGGAGACAAGGUUUACGUUCAGAUGCCAUCCGAGCAGGCGGCAGGACUCUAUGCCGGGAAGUACGUUCACUCGUCUUUUUCAGGGUAUUUAUUGUAUCCCAUGUAAAACAAAACAGACAGACAGACAGACACACACACAAAAUGAAAACCUUUCUCCUCUGCUUCUAAUUUUUAUACAACAAAAGAUGCAUUUUAUGACCAUUUUGGAUCAUCCUGUACAAAAACAAAAAUAAUAAAUACAAAGUUUAACAUUAUGCACAACUAGUUAUAAAAAAAAAAAGGUGUGGUGAGCAUAUCUAAAGAUGUGUAUCAGGUUCAUAAACAGCUGUUUUGCACCCAAGGGGACAUAUUAGCUGUACAUUAUAUAUUUCUGCAAUGCCAUGCUUACUUAAUUUCAUUCACAGUAAUUCAGUACUAAAGUUCAAAUCAGUGUAUGUCACUCACUCCUGUUGCAUUGAUCAUAGUUAUGAGAUGAAAAACAGUGACUUAAAGCAGAGUAGGUCAGUCUCUAAUUAUAUUAAAAAACUGAGUGGCUUAUUUUUCUGGGUGGGGGUUUUCUUGGAUUUUUUAUAGCAGGUCUACCUGACAAGCAAAGGUUCCCUUAGCUGGAGACUUAUAUUUCCCUUCCCCUGUAAUAAAAUAGUCCAGCAUAUGUGGGUUUUUUUCCUGAACUAUUUAUUUAUGAUGGAAGAGGAUGCCUGAUGGCGUGACUAUUCCCCCCGAGUCUUCUCCAGCAGUCACUGGACCUAAAAUGUCACCAAUGCCUCCAGGAGGCACUGGUUUCACCUCCAAAUGCCACAAGCACUCAAAAAGUCUCCAUUCUCUAUUCACACAGCUCAAGUAGAUGAGGUCAAUCUCCCCCAUUUACUUGUGCCACGUCAUUUAGACAUUUUGGCCAACACAUGGCAAUACUUCAGGGUGGCAUAAAUUUGCUUGGAUUUUUGUGCUUGUACCAAGAACCCAUUUAGCUUGUCAGAAGAGACGCCUAUUAUGCCACUCAGCAAAAGCUGAAUCAGUUUGCUCGUCAAUGACUAGGCAAAGCAGAAGUAGCUUUGUUUGCUUAAAUGAUUUGUUGCUUGAGAUCAACCAAUAACUUUACUGGCAAUACUGAUCACACAAAUUUAUCCGAGAACUUGGUUCUAUCUAAAAACUGAUUUCCAAUCCUUAUUUAUAUGUUACCAGUUGUCAAGGAGAACCUGCAGGCCUCAAUACUUUUCUGUACUUGAGGACAGCGACUUCAGUGCACGAAGUCUCUGUCUGCUCAUCAGUGGUGCUAAUCUCACCUCAACGAGUGUUCUGUUUCCAAAGGGCAGUGGACCUCGCUGUGGUUCCUUGUACAAUGCUGCGCAUCACACACGGCUGCGCUAGUUCAAGGAGUUAAGUGCUCAUCACUUCUUCAAUGUCUUUAGCUACCGCUACUGCUUUUGAUUCAAAAAUGGAACUAGAUUUUUUCAUGCAGAACUAAGAUUGCAUUAAACUCUGCAUUUAAAUAAUGGUAAUGCCAAUUAAAUCCAGUCUAACAUUGACUAAGGACUCCAGUGAUAUAAUGUGGUGCUUUAUCUCAGAAAUUUUAUGGAACGGUGGCAGGAAUGGACAGACAGUUUACCAGACACUGGUGACUUCAGUAUGUUCCCAGAAUAUAUGAGAUAUGUCAAAAGCAAAAAAUUUUGUAUUUAAAAUUUUUGUACUGAUUUGAAAGAAAUAUCUUAUUAAAUAUCUUUAAAAAUAAAA